AUGAAGCCACGCAAACAGCCGAGAGGGCCUCGCAGAGACUGGAAGGCAGACGAGGGGAAAGCGGGCGACCGGAACUGCGUCGUGGUUGACUGGAGCGACCGCAUUGUUCCGUAUGAGGUCGCCUGGCGCCUCCAGCAAGUGAUCGUUCAACUUCAGCAGCUGAGACUGAAUCAUGUGGAGCCGUCGGCGACUGUGUCUGAAGACACCGACGUUUGCUUCGGCCAAGGCCGCGUCAGUCACCCGAGUGGGGACAGACGCCGUCGUCUUGAGCUUUUGCCGGGGCUCGGAAAGCCUGGCCAAGGGCGCACACCUUGCGACUACGUCCUCCUCCUGCAACAUCCGCCCGUUUACACGAUUGGCCAGGGGGGAACGCCCGCGAAUGUGUUGUUUCAAAGUGAAGUUCGAGAACUGCGCCUGCCUGCCGAUCACGUGAGCGAAAUGCAAACUGUGGACGGAUGCCGCCGCCUGCUCUCGCGUCUCGUUCAAGAGGCAGAAGAAGCCCCCAGAGCUUCGUUCCAUGGCCACGAAACCGGUCCCGAAAACGACGAGGGACAGGCAGAUGUCUCCGUGUCUCUGCGACCCAGUUUUGGCGACGGUUUGGCGCAAACACCCGGACAUAUCGAACUGGAGAGCUGGCGGGAGUGCGGGUUUUCGGAAGGCACCGCAGGGAGACGCGGUUGUGAAGACAAGUGCAGGGAGGAACGGGCCGAAUCGGCAGCAGGACUCACGCGAGGAUUGGAACAAGACGGCGCGCAAACUGGGAGGCGCGGGGAAGCUCCGACAGUAUGGAGAGUGGAACGUGGCGGUGAGGUGACGUAUCAUGCCCCCGGACAGCUUGUCCUGUACCCGCUUCUCGAUCUGCGCUACCAUUCCUGCGACCUUCGGUGGUACAUUCAGUCUCUGGAGCAGAUCGCCAUCAACACGGUCGAACGGCUUUUCCGCAGCGAUCACGCAGCCGCGGAGGGGAAACUCAACGGUCCGGAGGACAAGGCAAGGCACGUCGGGGUGGGUUCAAAACAGGACAGGUUUUCGGGACCGGAAGUUGAGCGAGGCCCUCGAGGAACGGCGGAGGGAAGUUCACGCGGAUACAGAAGGCUCGGAACACCUGGAGUUUGGCUGCAAGGUGAAAAAGUAUGUGCUGUCGGCGUCAAGGUGAAACGGUGGAUUACGCAUCAUGGCCUCGCUCUAAAUGUUUGCACAGAUCUUUCUGGGUUCCACAAAAUCGUGCCGUGCGGCCUCAGGGAAACGACGACAGGCAGACUGAAAGACUGGUGUGGCGGGCAGAGAAGAGCCGAAAGGUCUGUGUCACCCGAGAGCGGCGAAUCGAAAGCUACGUACGGGCUGAAGAGCGGGAAGGAGAGACAGAAAGAAGAGAAACCCUAUGGUAAAGGCCUUUCCGAAACCCAUUCAUCAGAUGCUUCCGGCGUAGUGUCCCAGGAUGAUCCGGUAGAGACGGCACAGGAGCACGGGGAGGACAAGAAAGAGUCGCAAGACGGUCGAGAAACGAGAGAUGGAGAACUUAUGAAAGAAGUCGCACGGCUGGUGAAAGAAGAAUUCGCAAGAGUCUUCUCUCUCAAGCUCGUCAACAGCCGGGGACCUGCCCACACGACGCUCCUCAACGAUUCAGUUUCCGAAUUCUAG